AUGGAAGCAGCUCCAGCCAAUGAGAUCAGCCCCAGUAGGGGGGGCUUACCUCCCUUAGUGGACCGCUUCUGCAGCACCAGCUCUCUGCACAUGCUUCAGCAGCAGCAGCAGCAGCAGCGGCAGCAGCAUCAGCAGCAUCAGCAGCAGCAGCAGCAGCGACAGCAGCAGCUCGACUGGAGUGGCAAAAGGCUGUCUUGGAAUUUGAAUAAGUCCAAAAAGGGGGCAGGGGAGGGUUCUCCUGUUGCUGCUGCUGCUGCAGCUUCUACUGCAGCUGCCGCUGCUGCAGCAGCAACCGCUAUGGAUGCUCUUGCUGCUGCUGCAGAUGCAGCAGAUAUUCUCUCACAGCCAAGUACUAUCCAUUAG